UCCAAGGCUCUGUGUGAGGUGAGCUCAUUAGCUUAUAAGAGGGAGCAGUUGUCCCGAGGAGAUUUCGCCUCCGUCUCGUUGUAUAUCUUCAGCAACCAUCACUCGUUUGGCUUCUCUUUUGCACACUCCUUUGAACUUCAGUCUCUGCAGCUGCUGCCUCCCGGGUCUAUCGUUUUCCACACAGACAACAAAUUGCUCGCCAUGAUGUAUUACCACCGUGCACUGAUUCUCUUGCUUACCAGCAGUCUUGCCAGUGCACAGCUUCCUCCUAACAUUCCACAGUGCUCUUUGAACUGCUUCAUCACCGCGUUCCAGAGCGACGGAUGCUCGAACCUUCUAGACUUCGCCUGUCAUUGCGCGAAGCCAGAGGUAGUGCAGAAAGUGACUCCGUGUGUGCAAAAGGCGUGCAGUGCUGCUGAUCAGAGCGUCGUGCGCAGCGUGGUCAUUCAACAAUGUUCCGCAGCCGGCCACCCCAUAACGCUACCCCCGGCCGCUGGCGUCGACACCUCCACCACCCAGCCGCAGCCCACUGUCCCCAGCACAAGCAGCACCACCCAGCCUGAACCUCAACCCACCAGCACCGCCGCCAUGAGCCUCCCCACCAUCUCGUCAGCCGGCACGCCCUCUACACCCCAGUCGACGCCUGGACCUGCAGCCUCUUCGACCGCAUCCCGGGCCGCCUCCUCGUCCCUCAUCCAAGGUUCGAGUACUCCGGGGGCAUCGUCCUCAUCCCACGCCGCCUCCCCUAGCACCCCGCUCGCCACCGGCGUUGGCUCUCACGCUGAAGCAAACGUGCUAGGCGCUGCUCUUGCGGCUGCUGCGGCUGUUCUCCUGUGAAGUGGUGUGGUUAGGUGCCGGUGUGGUGCCCGGGAUGGCAUACAAACCAAUGAACCACACGGGUAGAAUGGGUACGGCACGACGACCAUAACCAAGAAACAGGGGAUCAUGUCGGUAAAAUGACUAUCCAGCUGAGUGCGUAGUUUUACGCGUGCUGCUUUUGUUGCUUCGUUUCUCCCUGCUUCGGCAGUUUGAUCUUCUUUAUUUACCUGUUCUUUUUAAAAAAUCCAGCCUGAUGGGAAUUUGAGUUUGCGG